UUAGUGCGGGCUGGCGGAAGUUAGGCGAAUGAUCUCUGCAAAGCAAUGCUGUUCUGUUAGAUGCUCUCCCUCCCGCCACCCUCCUUGCAGUAAUACGGGAGUGAGAGUACCGACGCUGUUGCAGACAGCACUCACAGUUAUCCUAGUGUUCCCGUCAGUCAGUGCGUUCUCUUGAAUGAUGUCGAUAGAGGGAAGAACGCUGCAGUUUGCAGAGUGGGAUACUGGGAAGAGAAGACUGAGAUACAUGUUCCUGUGCCCCCCCUGCUCAUUUACCUUAUAUCAUGGACAGAAAGUAGAGGACAACAUGAUUCCAGUUUUUCUAGGUACUGAUGUUGUUUCACAUACAGGAACUAGAACAGAAAAUCAUCCUAAACUCCAUGCAAAGUUUUCAAAGAAGGGUUUGUCUGCGAGGCUUAAUUUUAGCCCUGAUUUCAAGUUUGAAAGGCUGCGAUUACCUGGAGGACUGAAUAACUUGUGGUUCUAUAGUAUUCAGGGACUUUUUAAGGUGGCUUUUGACAUGUAUAGCAGAGAAGAACAGCUGGCAGUCAUUGAAAGUCUUCAGGGGCUGUGGAAGUCUCACCUUAAAGAUGAUCCUCUAAGCAAAUCUUAUGACCUAAAUAUCUGCCUCGGAGACAGAGAGUAUGAAGUACCAGUCUAUAACCAGGCAGAGGAACCUAAAAGCCAUGACCAAUUAGGCUGUUCCAGUCCUACCAAUGAAAUUCCUAGAGUUCUCCGCAGUAUUCCAACAGAACACAACUACUGCAUGACUAAGCAAGAUGGAGUUAGGAUUCCACAGGUUAAUGUGGGCAAUGACUUCUUUAUUCAACGGAUUAAAUGUUUGUGGAGCAUGUGUUCUACUACAGUAAUUAACCUUAGCGGACAAUUAAUGAAGACAGUUGUAGCUUUGUUAGAUGUUGUUGAACAAGCACUCAGUGGACAUAUGUACUUGGAUAAAAUGAUUACAAGCAUUGUGGAACUUCUAGAAGCAGCAAGUCAUUUGCAGGACAAGGACGAUACUGAGAAAGAGGGCUAUUCUGUAUAUGACAACCGAUUGCUGCUUGAGGUUAGCAGCUGGCUAGGAAAUCGGUUCUACAGUGAGAACGACCGUAUCAGUCAACAGGUGGAAGAAUUUAAGAGGAAACACAUAGAUCGCAUCUCAGACUUGCCUCCUGCUGAGGAGCUGAUUGCUGCUUUAUUUCCCAAUGCCAUGAAAGUUUUUUUACUCAAAUGGAUGGGACUGUAUGAUGAUGCUUCCGUAUCUAAACUGCAGAGUGAAUACCCAAUUUUACUUCUUAUUUUGGAAUUUGCAAAUCGCAAUCUUAUCACAGGAGUUGCUCAUGUUUUAUACUCCACUUUGAUAUGUAAAUAGCACAGUAGUAAUCCGUUGAAGGACUGUGACAAGUAAUUUAAGUGAGGACUUCUACCCGCUGCAUAAUUGCUAAUCAGAGUUCUUUAAAUGUUCUAAAUCUGUUAGCUUUGGUAUUUCAAUUUAUGCAAAACGCCAUAUUGGUGAGAUUGCAACCAUAAUGUUUAAUAUUGCUUUUAAUUUUAUUUUUUUAAUAUGGAUCUUACCUAGGGUUACAUAAACUUGUUAUUUUUUAUUCUUUA